AUGUUCCCCGUACCGCCUGCCAUGAGAAGAAAGCCGAAAUGUGAUAGCACCACCCACCCAACUCCACCCCGCAAGGUCUGCUGCUGCCAGGCACCAUCGCAAUUAAUUUUAAUCCAGCCAGGUUUGGGUUUUGCCAAGAUAACGAUACCGUUUGUCCCUGGUCCGGUGGUCUGGGCUGCUCAGUGGCCAGUGGCAAUGGCUUGUAUUGCGAAUCCUGAAAUUCCUGGACUUGCGCCUGCCAAAGGUGCACAGCUUCAGUUGGGCACACCUUUUCACCUUCAAAGAUAUUCCCAUUGUGGCUUUUCCAUAUUCGCCAAAGUCCAUAAGCUAUCUAUUGCAACACCACAUCUUCAGGUAGGCAUUAACUCCGUCCAACAACCAUUAAAAGUGGCACUCCUAAACUUUCUCAUAUCCAGUUGGAGUGAACUAGCAAACCAAUAA